AGUAGGAUCGUUAUACAAAGCCCCACUAGCCCGGAGUUCCAUUUUUGGGGUUCAUAUCAAUGGCGAUGGUACAUUCUAUCUGCAAAUCAUUCCUAAAGUUUCCGACCACCGCCGGCUAUGUGGCGAUUACGUCCUUGUCAUCUUCCCUCGUUUGGCGCCGCCGCCGCGGCUUCUCCGUCCUUUCCGUCGAUAAGGCAACGCAGGCGAGGAGCUGGCCGGGAAUUAGGGAACGAGUCCAACGAUUUAUGUCGGCGGAUCUCAGCACCGCCUCCGGCGACGAUAAGGAUCUAGGCGGCCGGGAGUACUUGAUGUUGUCGGAGGAGCAGCUGCUGCGGCAGUGCGAGAUGGAUACGUUCAAAUCGUCCGGUCCCGGCGGACAACACCGCAACAAGAGAGAGUCUGCUGUGCGGCUAAAGCACCGUCCCACCGGUAUUGUUGCACAAGCUGCUGAAGAUCGGUCACAACACAUGAAUCGUGCCUCGGCAGUUAAACGGUUGCGAGCUCAACUUGCUCUUAAAGUGAGGAACAACAUAGAUCUUGAUGCUUAUGCACCUCCAGAAGAGCUACUGCAGAUACUCCCUGCCAAGUCAUCAAUCAAGGGAUCCCAUUCUGGAUCUACGAUUGGACCAAACAAUCCAAAAUUUAUUCCGGGAAUGCAAGCACUACUUGAUCUAGUUUUUGCUGUUGAGGGAUCUAUUUCCGAAGCAGCCAAGAAGUUGGGGUUAAGCACUGGGGCUUUAUCAAGGCUAAUACUAUCAGAUGAUUCUCUCAGAAUGGCUGUCAAUGAGUUCAGAGCGUCUAAGGGUAUGAAACCACUCAAAUAGGAUGGCUGUCUAAAAUGGUGCCUCACAGCCAUCUAUAUGCAGAAAUGGGAAUAAUGAUGACUUUAUUUUUGCCUAAUUCUGUAAUACUCCGUAUUUGUUAAGGAGUUUUUAUCGUGGUAAUACCAUCACCACAAUGCGUGCCAUCCACCCUGCCUUGGUUGAUGGACAAGAAUCCGUAUAUUACGUAGCUGAGGAAAGAUGAAAACUAGCAUUGUAACCAUAAGUCAUCUGCGUGCCACUACAUGAUGAAUGAAGCCUCAGUCACACCACAUGUGACACCGCCAGUGUGUCGAAGACAAUGAUUUCUUGCGGACAAUGACUGUUGAUUGUCUCUAGUGGUGUCAAAUUUUGUGUCAUUCUUGGGUUUAAAGUAUCAUUCCUCUUGUAGGAUUGUAUUUCCCCUACUUGAGCUACACACAAGGCAGUUAGGUGUUUCAUCCCAUUGCUAUUUCUACCCGAAGUUCUAAUAUGUUCUUGCCAUAUGGCCGAUUUUGAAGUGCAUAGUUAAUUUAUGAUUCUCUUACAUUAGAUAAAUGUUUUUACUCUAGGGUAUGAGCUUGUGGCACCAACUCACAAAUUUUACCACAAUAAUAUACUUCUCAUUUU